UUCUGUCUUGCACAAUUUACAUGCUCAUUGAACUCCAUCGUCCUUCUAAAGUUCUAGGUAUUGGCAAAUUCACCCUAGUUCAUCAUUUGCCAUGGGGCAUCUUCGUAUCCCAUUACUCUCUCUGCUUGUUUUUCUCCUCAACCUCUCAUCCUUUCACUUUCUCUCUUUAGCUGAUGAUUAUUUCAUCAACUGUGGUUCACAUGAAAAUGUGAGCCUCACUUCUGGCCAGAAUUUCUCUGGGGAAUCGAAGUCUGCAGGUUACUCUUUCUCCAAAAGCAAGGCUGUCAAAGACAUCAACCAGUUGCCAGAUAUAUCACCUCUAUAUAAGACAGCAAGAAGUUUCAAUAAACCAUUCUACUACCAGUUCAGCAUCACUGAAGAUGGUACUUAUCUGGUACGCUUACAUUUCUCAGCUUUCUCCUCCUCCUCCUCCUCAAAUAAUCUCUCCACGGCUGUUUUUGGUGUUUUGGAUUCUAAGAAUUUCACACUGUUGAACAAUUUCACCGCCAAGAACACUACCUACUCCCCUGUGAUAAAGGAAUUCUUUCUCCGAAUUGAUAUCACCGACUCAUUUAGACUAUAUUUUACUCCUCAACCAUCAUCUUUUGCAUUUGUAAAUGCCAUAGAAUUAUUCCUUUCCCCUGUAGAUUUCAUCCCUGAGAACUAUACCAGUAAUCUCCCUUUACAUACAAUUUACAGACUCAACGUUGGAGGCUCACCAGUAAAUGACACAAUAGGGAGAAAAUGGGAAACAGAUGAUAGUCAUAUCUCUGAUCAAAACUCUGCAAAGAAAGCCACUCCUCAAAGUACACUCAAUUUAGAUCGCUACGGAAAAAUUGAUGGUUUGGUUGCAUCUAAUGCGUCUGUAGCCCCACUUUUAGUUUACCAGACUGCUAGAGAGAUGACGAAUGUCACUAGUAACAUAACAUGGCUUUUUAGUGUGAGUAGUAAAGCUAGACACAUUGUCCGGGCUCACUUCUGUGAUAUUGUUGGUCAGCCUGGUAACAUUAUAUUUAACUUGUAUGCAAAUGGCAACUUCCGCAAGGAGAUCGGCAUCAUUUCUCAAUAUUCGGCUGUUCCCUUCUUCUAUGACUUUGUGGUGAAUUACAGUGAGUCUGAACUCUUUAAUAUUAGCAUAAGACCUAACAAUGGUGCUUCUGAACAAAAUGCAUUUCUAAAUGGUCUGGAAAUAUUGGAGAUAGUGGAGGGAUUAGCUCCAAUUCCCAAUGUGAAAGAGUCCAAGAAGAAUGUUGUGGCUCCUGUAGUUGGUUCAGUUCUUGGAGGCCUGUCACUCAUCUGCGUUUUAACAGUUGGAUUUGUGUUUGGUUUCAGACACAGAAAGGCAGAAAAGCAUGUGGAGACUUCAGUUUGGUCACCAAUGCCUGCAAAUGGAGGAGGGAGUUCUCACAGCUCCGCUCUCAAUCUAGAUUAUCUUGGGUUGAAGAUAUCUUUCAAUGAAAUUCAGUCUGCAACAAACAACUUUGACACAAAGUUGGUGAUAGGUAAGGGUGGCUUUGGGAAUGUUUAUAGAGGCACUCUUUUGAAUGGCACAAAAGUGGCUGUGAAGCGAGCUUAUAAGCGAGAUGAGCAUGGGUCAGGAUCAGGCCAAGGCCUCCUAGAAUUCAAAACAGAAAUCAUAGUGUUAUCGAAAAUCCGCCACCGCCAUCUUGUCUCCUUAAUUGGUUAUUGUAAUGAAAGGUCUGAAAUGAUACUAGUGUAUGAGUUCAUGGAAAAAGGGACGUUGAGAGAUCAUUUGUAUGAUUCAGACGUGCCUCGCUUGUCGUGGAAUCAAAGACUUGAAAUUUGUACUGGAGCAGCAAGGGGUCUUCAUUAUCUCCACACAGGUGCAGCUAGGGGAAUCAUUCACCGAGAUGUCAAGUCCAGCAACAUAUUGCUUGAUGAAAACCAUGUUGCCAAAGUUGCUGACUUUGGCCUUUCGAGAUCUGGAGCUCUCGAUGAAACGCAUGUCAGCACUAAUGUUAAAGGCACUUUUGGUUACCUUGAUCCUGAGUACAUGAUGUCUGAACAAUUGACAGAAAAAUCUGAUGUUUACUCAUUUGGUGUAGUUCUUCUUGAGGUGUUAUGUGGAAGACCUGCUAUUGAUCCAACGCUUCCAAGAGAGCAAAUGAACUUGGCUGAAUGGGGAAUGCUUUGCAAGAAAAAAGGGUUGCUUGAACAGAUUGUUGAUUCUUCAUUGAAAAAUCAGAUUGAUCCUAGCUCACUAAGAACUUUUGGUGAGACGGCUGAGAAGUGUUUGCAAGAUGAUGCUUCUGAUAGGCCAACAAUGGCCGAUGUGCUGUGGGAUUUGGAAUAUGCAUUACAGCUUCAGAAAACAACAAAGCUUAAAGAGGCUCAUGAGGACAGCACCACCAUUGCUGCUUCAUCAGCAGCAUUCAGUUUGCCAAUUGUUCAGCGUUUUCCUUCACUUGGUUCGACAACAAAUGGAGAUGAUACGAGGGACAGCGACUUGGACACAACAGAAAACAAAAUUUUCUCCCAAUUGAAAAUUGGUGAUGCCAGAUAGAUGUAAGUCAGGAAGCACCAGGAGGAUGUCUUUGCAAGUUUACUGCUUUCUUAUAAAGAAAGGCCAUUCAUCAGAGAACAAAUUCUUCAACAUACGCUUGAGAUAAGUUGCUAUUAUAUAUUUAUCAAUCUAGACACUGGAAAUUAUGUGUUCUACUUGCCCAACGUGUGGUUGGCUUGAUGUUGGGAUCAUUGAUUUUAUGUUUAGAGAGUUAAGAGAGUCAGUGAGAUGGAGGUUGAUAUGAGUUUAUGACCAAAAGGUAAUUAAACGACUCAGCAUGCCUAAAGCUGUUCCAUUGGACUGGAGCUAUGUUUAAAGCACAUCCAACUGUGCACGAUGUUCUCUCUUGAAUGAUUAGGCAGAACAUAAUUAGAGUACUUUAAUGUAUUAAUCCUUCUGAUAAAUUCAAGUGAUCGAAAAAAUGUGUAUAGUACGUAUUAUCGCAUAGCACACUGAUUCCUUGUUUCUCUUUUUGUGUUAUGGUUUUUUAAGAAUAAGAAUAGCACAGUGAUAUCUUUUCUUC